AUGUUUUCGCUGCAAGGGGUAACAAUGAGAGCAGAUCCACUUGUGAGUGCUUUGAGAGCAGACAAGAGCACUGGAAAGCCAUUCUACACAGCGAUUCCACAGGGAAUGAUGCUCAACAAGAGCUUCGACAUGAACACGCUCGGUAUGACGUUCUUCCAGCGCACGCUGUGUUUUUUGGUGUGCUUGGGAACAGGGAUGCUUGCGUUUUUAUACAGCAUGAUCAAAAUCCUGCGAUUUUCGCCAUCUGGGUUUAUACUUCCAUACACAGCGUCCAACGUGCUGUUCUUUGCAAUGUUUGGGUUUCUGCUUGGAUUUAAGUCGUACUUCAAGAACUUGUUUUCAAAGAAGAAGCGUGCAUACACAUCAUGGUUUAUUUGGUCAACUGUGAUGACGCUGUACAUAGUGUUGAAGUACAACACUUAUGUAUUGAAUCUGAUAUUCUGCCUUGCACAGGUGAUUUCAUUCUUUACCUUUUCCUUGACUUUUAUUCCUGGAGGAGUAGACGGCAUAUCAACAAUGGCCACCAUGCUUUUCAACAAGAAAUAA